AUGGCUGGUCUUGCUGUUCGCCCACGUGUUAUUCGAGGCGAACCGUUUGAGACCCAUGGACCCAGACCCUUCCGCGAACGGCAAGCGAUCUAUGUGAUGGAACUCGAAAAACGGCUUCAGAUCGCCGAAAAGCCAGAAACAUCCCGAAUGGUGGCGCUCGAGGAAGAAAAUCGCGUUCUGCGCGAUCAGCUGCUGGAGUGUCGCAAGAAGCUUCGGAGCAUCCAGGCGUCUUUAGAGGGUGUAUCCGCCGACAUCACAGGCGUACUUUACGAGAAGCUAGGCUCAGACGUCGACAAGUCGGAGCUGGAUGUGGCAGGAGAUGGAGAAGCGGAUAAAUGUACCGGGGAUCCUGUCUACUCUCAUAGACUGGACUUCGGUUGUGAUGUCCAACAGGUCGAUAGCUCACUUAUAUCACCCACAACAGACAUAACGUUGCCGCAAACUAACAACCGUAUAUCUGACCUUGGACCGGUAGAGAUCAUCCGCCGCAAUGAGGAUCCGACUACUCUUCUGGAUAUUUCUUCCACACUGUUCCCAGACCUGUUUAUUGAUCUCGCAUCUUCCGGGAAUGGGCUUGGCUGCUUUCAGCAAAUCGACUCGGGGAAGGAGGUCUGUUUGGUACACCAAUCAUCCGCAAAUACCGAAUUCCAUCUCAACAGCUCUGAAGCAAUACUCUCCGGAGCCAACUCAUCAUACUCUGCUCACAUUAUCGCGUUCGAAUCCUGUAUCAAGCGAAAAUGGAAUGAAUUGAAACAUCAGCUGUACGAUGACAUGAAUAGCCUUCGCUCGUCUGUAGACCUCAUGUUGUCAGCAUUCGUAUGCUCAAUGUGGCCGCCAAUGAUGAGCUUCUAUACCUAUACGGGUGCUCAUAUCCGACUGGGAAAGCUGACCAUGUGGCGGAUCAACGCAAACCCAGAGACGUACGCCGAUCUCGACCUAUCUUACCGACCGAGUCUCCUUCAACAGUCGAGCUUACACGCUGCGAUCAUCGACUGGAUACCGUUUCCAUCUCUGAGAGAUCGGAUUCUACUUGCGUAUACCGACGAGCACCUGGACCGCUUAGUCUGCGACAUUGGCGACUCCUACGUUAUCCAAGUCGAUCUGUCGAAGCUAGUGCGAGGCUUCACUCCAAAGUUGGGAUAUAUCGGGCUAUGGGAUCUUCUUACCGUCGCAGCUUCGCAAAGCACACCGAUAGAGGAUAGCCCUUUCCCUUCGACGCUGACUGAUAUCAACAUAAAAGAGUACACUGACCCUCCAACUUGGCAAUCAAUCAACAACAAGUUCAAAGAAUACUGCCUGCCCGCGCCGAGCUUGGAAGCUCUCUUUACGUCGCCUGAGUAUGCACUCGCAGCAUAUCGCUCUUUUGACUUUCAACGUGAUCCUUCUUUACUUCGUCUCGAUCCCACGUUCUACCAGAAAUACCCAGAACUACAUGACGCACAAACCACCCUAAUCGCAAGAGGCACACCUCUACGCCGGCCAGACAGACCAAGUUGGCCCCUCCCCCCAACCAUGACGACACCGAUGAUGCAGAGAUAUAAUAGUAUUGCAACGUGGGCUUUCGACUGUGCGAUAGAAAAGCUUCGGCGCUGA